AUGACCUCUCGUGGACCGAAACCACCUAUACUUCUACCUCCACCAGACCCAACUCUUAAAAGCCGUCCAGUACCGCAGGAACGCCACUUUCUCGUACGUUCGUUUGGUGACGGAGGUUUGCCAGAUGCUCGACAGAAUUUCCUCUCUAUCGAAGAAUUGAAAAAGCAACAAGCGGAUGCCGGUGCCAUUGGUAAUAGGUGGAGCGUGGAGGUAGAUGCCAAACGCCUCUACGAACUCCUCAUGGAAGAUGAAGACACGGACUUGAGUGAAGAUGGUCUCAUUACGGGUGAGAAGACUUGGGGUCCCACCAUCGUCGUCACGACGUACUCCGACAAGGCUAGUAAAGAUCUCGAUCAGGCCAUCACAAACCUGGUCGAGACUAUUCGCCGUUAUUUCCUUCGAUGUCCUCAAACUGCACUGUUCGCGCGCGAGGCAGUUAAACGUCUCGAGCUCAAGGUCCUUGAAGACAAAGACUUAUUGGAAAAUGCGUCAGACGACCGAGUCAGGGAAGAAUUCAACGCAUAUGUCCGUACCUUACGGCUUUUUCCCGCUGACUUGCGCUGGGAGAAGGAUGCUCAAAGAUGGCACAAAGAUAAUCUCAACAGGCCUUCCGCUCCCUUACGCUAUGGCUACUGCAUUUUACUAGAUGAGGAAACAAUUGGAACUCUUGCAGGAAUUAACUUUCCUGAUGAUCUGAACAUCGACAAGAGACUCCUCAAGGACAUUUCUGUCAAAUUGGUAGAUCGUGGUUGGAGAUACCCGGAGGAAGCAGACAACAGAUAUGGGCAUGAUCCGGCAGUAGCAGAAGUCUAUAGAGGGACAGAUAUGUGUCCUCUCAUUGACCUGCCGUUGAUUUGCGCCGAUUAUCACAAUUGGCAACAUCUUGAUGAUAUGUUUCCACUGCGCAAAUACGAAAGUCUAUAA